AUGGGAUUAGAACCGGAGGUGUGCUUGCUCGCCGGCAUCCGGAACGAGAUGAAGGACACGAGAAUCUACUCGUAUUGGCCGAUCUAUGUCAUCUACGGCCAGAAGCCUUAUUGCUGGCUGCCCCAAUUAUGCUCUUUUGGCCCGUACCACGGCUCUGGAGGCCUUCUGGAGGGCCCGCAUCAGCCGGCGAAACUUGCCGUUAUCGAGACUGUCGAGGACGUGGACAGCGUUCCAGGCGGCCAGGUGGCUGGCGCGGGCCCUCGCGAGUGCGGCGUCGGCGGAGACAACACGGCCAGAUCGAAUCAGUCUGGACCAAGUCCCAUCAAUGUUGAUGCAUCGGCUCGGUCCAGUCUAGACCAAUCGAGUCCGGCAAGGACUGGUGUGAAGAGCCGAGAUGGGCGCAAAGGGACGGUGAUAAGACCAGGCAGUACUCACAUUGGUGGUGGCGAUGGUAGUGGUGGUGGCAAUGGUGGAGAGGAGGAGGACGAGGAGUACGAGGACGAGGAGUACGAGGACGAGGAGUACGAGGACGAGGAGAAGGAGGACUCUGUUUGA